CCUCUCGCACCGGAACUCCAGAAGCGUCAUCUGGCUCGUUCUCCGCUUCCCAAACUGUAGCAAAGCAGAGCGAGACAACGUGCAGCGGCAGCUCCCACCCCCUACCAAUGGAAUCGAGGGGAGGCGGUUUGGUGCGCCCGCCUCCGUACCACUAGCUCUCCACCGUGCCCACCGAUCGUCGGCGGCGGCGGCGGCAGCGGCCGCCACCAUGCUCCAGCUCCGGCUCCAGCCCCCGCGCUUCAUGCCGCUCCCCCGCCGCAGGGUCGCUGGCGGCCACCACCGUCGCCGCCGGGCCGCGGUCCCCGCGCCGGCCCUCGCCCUCCGCUCCCAGUGGCGGAUCCCCGACGUCGAUGCAGAUGCGGUGCAGGAGCGGGUGCGCUCAUGGCUGUCCCGGGCGCGGGGGGCCAUCGCCGACGCGGCGAACGCGGCGCGGGAGAAGGGGAAGCAAAAGGAGGAGGCGGAGGGGAGGAAGAAGCGGCGGAAGGAGGUGCUGGAGGAGCAGGCUCUCGUCGCUGUGCCGGAGAUCACCGUGGAGCGGCGGGUCGGUCGUGGCUGGCUCUCGCUAGACGCUGUCGUCGCCAUCGAGCAGUUUGCCAGGUUGAAUGGGUUAACAGGGAGGAAGGUGCAGAGGGUCUUUGAAGCUCUUGCUCCUGAACAUGUUCAUAAUGAUGCUCGAAAUCUGGUUGAGUAUUGCUGCUUCCGUUACUUGUCAAGAGAUAACUCUGAUUUGCAUCCAAGUUUGAAGGAGCUUGCAUUUCAAAGGCUGAUAUUCAUGACUAUGCUUGCUUGGGAAGAUCCAUAUGGUGAAGAUGAUGACACAGAGUCUUCACUAGAUAACUAUUCUAUACUGGGAAGACUUGUUGGAGAAGAUGCCUUUGUCCGAAUUGCCCCUGCUGUGGCAGGUGUAGCUGAUGUUUCAACGGCUCACUAUCUCUUCAGGGCCCUUCUUGGUUCUGAAAAGGGGCUUUCAUUAGAUCUAUGGACAACAUACCUUGGUGAACUUCUGAAAAUUCAUCAUGGGAGGCAGACACAUAAAAGUGGAGAUCAUUUUUUGUCUGAUGAACAAGUCCUAUGCAUAGGCUCUAGUAGAAAAAGACCUGUUCUGAAAUGGGAACAGAACACUGCGUGGCCUGGACACUUAACCUUGACCAACAAGGCACUCUAUUUUGAGGCCAUUGGACUAACAGCUACCAAUAAACCAUUGAGGCUUGACCUUACAGAUCGUAAUUCAAGGGUUGAGAAAGCAAAGGUUGGACCAUUUGGAUCCAGACUGUUCGACUCUGCCGUAUCUGUUUCAUCUGGUUCAGUGUCCAAUGAGUGGACAUUGGAGUUUGUUGAUUUUGGUGGAGAGAUGAGACGAGAUGUCUGGCUCGCAUUCAUUAGUGAAAUUAUUUCUUUGUAUAGGUUCAUUCGUGAAUAUGGACCAAGGGAUGAUGAUCCAGCAAUUCAUCAUGUAUAUGGUGCCCACAAAGGCAAGAAAAGAGCUGUUAGUAGUGCGGCAAGUAGUAUUGCAAGGCUCCAGUCUCUGCAAUUCAUACGUAGACUUUAUGAAGAUCCAGCUAAAUUAGUACAGUUCUCAUACCUGUCAAACGCACCUUUUGGUGACGUUGUUCUUCAGACUCAAGCAGUUAAAUUCUGGGGUGGGCCUCUUGUUACAAACUCCAAAGCAGCAGGUCAAAGAGCAUCUCAAUGGCGUAGACCUUCAGAAGACUCAUCUAGUGCUCAUGCUCAUAUUUUUGACAUAGAUGGUAGUGUAUACUUACGGAAGUGGAUGACAUCUCCCAGUUGGACAUCCAGCCACUCGGCCAACUUUUGGAGAAACUCCUCAGUUAAGCAUGGUGUAAUAUUGAGCAAAUCUUUAGUUGUAGCUGAUAAAAAUCUUGUGGAAAAGGCUAUGGUUGCCUGUAAAGAGAAGAGCAAAAUAGUUGAACGAACACAGGCGACAAUUGUUGCUGCUACUAUUGAAGGUAUUCCAAGCAACAUUGACCUCUUCAAGGAGCUUAUACUUCCUUUUGCAAUAGUGAGUGAAAGUUUCAACAAGCUCAAACGCUGGGAAAACCCUCGUUCAACAGCAUGUUUUCUAGCUGUAGCUUAUACCAUCGUAUUCAGGAACAUGCUUUCUUAUGUUUUUCCGUUCACCAUGAUGAUGAUGGCUCUUUCCAUGCUAGCCCUGAAAGGGCUGAAAGAACAAGGUCGGUUAGGUAGAUCUUUUGGCAAAGUGACAAUAAAAGAUCAACCACCUUCAAACACAAUCCAAAAGAUUAUAGCUCUCAAAGAGGCAAUGGCUUCAGUGGAAAAUUAUCUUCAGAACCUGAAUGUCUCUCUUCUGAAAAUGCGGACGAUCUUUUUAGCAGGCCAGCCUGAGGUAACGACUCAGGUUGCUCUCGUUCUUCUAGCAUCAUCUGCUGUUCUUCUUGUGGUUCCUUUCAAAUAUGUUGUUGCAUUUUUUAUCCUUGAUCAAUUCACGAGGGAGCUAGAUUUCCGGAGGGAGAUGGUUAUGGCAUUCGUGAACUUCAUGAGGGAACGCUGGGAAUCGAUACAUGCUGCUCCUGUGGUUGUGUUACCAUAUGAGGAUGGUAGCGAAAACAACAGAACACUCCCAGCAAAAUCUACGCAACAAACACAAUCUGGUAGUGUACAACCUAGUGAUACGUAUAUGGAUUCAAGAAAUGGAACCUACACACUUGAUAUUUGAAGCUGUGUGCGCCUUGCUGAUUUGUACAGUUGUGUACAGUUGCUAUAUUACAUAAAUAGAUGAUAUAGUUCGAAUUAGGUAUCACCCUCGCGGCAUUGAUUAUGCAUGAUAUUAUCUCA